AUACUCAAAUCGAAGCUAUUACUAUGGGAUAGAGAACAAGACUGUAGAGGAAGUUCUUACGAGCUCUUUGGAGGUCUCCUCUGCACUCUGUGGAGUGAAGUUCUAUAAAGUGUGCAAGAUGUGGACAGAGUUGAGCUUCGGACCAGAGGGCAACGGUGUGUGUCCGCUUGAUGCAUGUUUCCUGGAGGCAGAUGUCGCAGAUGUUAAGGCCAGAGUGGCCGGCAUGAGCGUCGAGGCCCGGUCUUCAUAUCUAGCCGAGCAGAUGACGUUUCUCCGACGAUGGAGAAAGCAUGUCUUCCUAUUCCAAGGCUGGUACGAAGCUAGGAAGGAAACAAGAGGCGAAGAGUUGAGCUCCCUCAGAGAUUCUCGCUAUAACAGCAUCGUAGGAAAGCUAGAAGAAAUGGGAUGGAGCGAAGAAUUUUCCGGAAUGUCGUAUAGCGACAAUCGCCAAUUCGCCCGCUUGUCCGCCGUGCGGCAGUCUAGAACUCUCACAGAACGUGCAUGGAGGAACGCUGCGCCUUCUAUCAUGGCGUUCAUGGAGAAGGUCAAGGCAGAACGUCUUCAUCGGGAACGCAUAGACAAGAUCGAGAAGCGGCUGCGAGUGUUCGACCGGACAUUGCCCAAGAUAUACAACUAUCGCCCCGGAGAGCCAGCAGAACUCGACAUUGCGCUAGGUAUCCCAGCAUUGCGCGAAGUGAUCGACGGACCAGCUGGCGAGCAGGUCGACGAGAACAGCUUUGACUUCCUUAUCGAACAAAAGACGUUAGAAGCAUUCACUAGGCGCUGGAAGAAAGAACGCGACAUAUAUUUAGCAGGCCUCAUUGCCAAGAAGAUCCCCGACUUGAACCCUGAUGUCGACCCGCUUUCACUUGCAGUGGCCUCGAGCUUUAGCUGUAAUAGGUGCCGGGUGAAGGCGUGUUGUCCUCAGGUGCACUAUUGCAAAUACUCUCUUCCUCACAAACCUGAAGUGGAGGAAGGUGACGCUUACGGCGAAGCUGCGAUCAAGGUCUUGAGCAAACAAUAUUGGGAACCAUCGGCUUUCGUGCCAAAUGUGGAUGUGCUCUCAUCCGUCAUCGUGCGAUGCGGAUUAGAUCCUGAGCGAGCAAGCGCUGCCAACCUGAACAAUUCACGGGUCCGUUUUGCUUGCAGAACAUGUAACCACAAUGGAGUGGCUGUCACGGUAAUGACUUGGUAUGCAGCGUGCUUCCAUCGCGGAACAGGUGGUUCUUGCAAAGUUACAGACCUCUAUGUAGUGGACGAUGAGAUAACGAAAGCGGUGAGCGAGGCGGAACAAUCAUACAUCGGCAGAGCGCGUGGCUCCAGCUCAGAAGACGUCCAAAUGUGCUCGCAUUGUUCGCAGCUAACCUCGUGGCGCGAGACAAAGGAGAAGACCAUCGAGCAUGUACAGUUAGUGCACCAGAUUGAACAGCCUUUAGAAGGCAGAGAUUUCUGGCCUAUCAACGAAAUCGCGCGGAUACCGGAGCAUCACAGCGCUGUGAUCGACUUAUUACCAGAAGAGCUCAAGGGUUCUCUGACCUAUAGAGAGAGCAAUGCACUUCAGAAGGGCAAUACUGUGUUCUUCAAGUUUGAGUCCUCAGCGGACCGAGCUUUGCCAUACGGUCUUCUACGGGACUGGUAGAUGCUACAACAACAGUUACACUUACCCCUAAAUCAUAAACCGGCUACAACCAUGAUGUGUAUAGUCGCAUUUCCCGGCGUCCAAGCGGAUGGUGCCCCUAGGUCUGUCUCUUUAUUCCCCUUUACUGUAUGAAUAUUCG